AGUACUUCGAAGUACAGUAAUUUCUUCACAUCAGUUUACCUGGUAAAUUUAAUGAUCAACAACGACUUGUACAUACUUUUCAUUGGUGUGAAACUCUGCAAAGUGUUUUGUUUUUGGGUUAAAUCAUAAUAAUUAUGAGUUUGAAUUUGUUUGCAGUUAACUCUAAUGAGGACAGUUAAGUGGUGUCGUAGCGUACAGUAUGUUCUGCGUUUUGUAUACUAGCUCCUUGCCAUGUUAUCGUGCAUUAACACUGCAGUUGUCAGUUAGCGUUUUUGCGAGUUUUAUUAGACUGAUCCCAACCAGAUUUUACAGUGCACUGUCAUAAUUCUACUGAGUUCCGGGAAUCGGGAUACAUAACAGUUAUGCGUGUUUGACGCGACCGUUGUGCGUGAAGAGAGAAUAGGAAGUUAUAUUCACGUGCAACUGCUACUUUACAACUGAACUAGAAAUACUGGUGACAUGGCUGUAGUUGCCAAAUCACGCUUUGUCGCUCUGCUUGUGCUGUGGACGGUGCAAUCCGUAAAACUGCAGGAUCCCACAGAAACAUCUCCUGAUCCGGGCUCAGUACCUCCUGCUUCGAGUCCCGCAAUUCCAAAUAGUAAUCCCAUGAUGGAUUCCAGAUUCACAGGUUCCAAUGGGACACCAAACCAGUCCUUUGCCAUUCCAAGCGGUACGUUCCUACCUGGUGAAGACGACUUAGCAGCCCAAAUGACACGGCGUCCUUUUAUGACGAUUCCUUACCGUAGUACGUUUCAAGUGGCUGUUUAUCGGUUACCCGGAACGACACCGGAGAACAUAUCCUACUUCUACACUCCGGCCUUGAUACUCGUACCGCGUGAGCGUGAGGCUAUAAAGAUGUAUCACAACACAUCGCGGCUUUACACGGUGCAGUUUACCAUACAGAUGUGGGAUGCCAAUUAUGAGGGAUUUAUUAGACAGGCCUUAACCGAAAAGGUUCCUAAUUCUACCCGGAGUAUGCUGCGGAUACUACCCAUUGCGGAUAUUCGUAUCGACGCGACGGAACGGUUUCCCAACUGCCGCAUUCCUGUGAAGUGGAUUUCGUACGUGGGACAGCCUGCACAGAUUAAGCCGCGUUUUGAAUGCACAACCGAAUUGGAUGGUGCCAAUACAAUUUUGGUUGCCAUGUUAGCAGAUACGAAAAAUUUCGCCGCAUCGCUGGAAGUCGUUUACUCCCUGCAGAACCACGAAAAAAUUAAAGCACCUGUAACGCUGAAAGCUUCACGCAUUCAGUCCGCUGAUAUGUACCAAGCACUGGAUCAAAAAUACGCAGACGGAGUUUCGACGGUUUACAUGCAAUAUACAGACGUGCUAGAGUUGUUAAAGGAAAUAGUUUCCAGUGUCUCGGAAUCCGACAUGAGUGACAGUCAGUACGUUACACAAACACAGUCGUAUGGAAUGCAGAAAACGCUCGGUCGCGCACUGGGAAUUGUGCCCAUAUCUACAGUCUCGUUUUCGGCUGACCAGUGGAACUUGGCCUACUGGAGAGACGAGGCUAUGCGACCCGAUCAACAAGCCAAUAAUAUCAAUACAAUGAUACAAAGAACUGCUCGCAAUGUCCAAGAUUAUCUGAAAGCAGCCGCCGUUGAUCCGUCUACGGAUGUUAAUAACCCUGAAUUUAAUCUAUCGUCAUCGGAGAUUGCUGACGCCAUAAAUAUUACUGCUAAAAUUCAAAAAUCAAAGGAUGUAGUACGAUGGAACGGCACUAUAUACGAACCAAAAGCGCUGAAGCUUAGCAGCGUAAAUUUGACCGCUCUACGGAGCGACGACGAUAUCGAAGGCGUAGAAAUAUGGGUCACCAGAUGUUUAGUAAAUCUCACGGCCAAAGUCAGCGUUGUGGACGACUAUGAAAUGGAGAGAACUCUUGGGAGCGUUAAUAGUGUAUCAGAUAUGAUUACACCGUCUGGAACAAUAGUCGCAUACUUGAGCAGCCUUUACCUUCCGGAUGGCUGGCUGUGGUGCAACGGUUCUGUAGUGGAUCCAGUAAAGUAUCCUCGACUGUCGGCACUUUUAUACCCUCAGACCACCACACCGGAUUUGGGCGGCCGGUUUCUGGUGGGAAUCGGUAGCUCUUAUAGUCGCCAGGUCAGUGAUAUCGGAGGUGAAAUGGAGCACACGUUGACCAUAGCCGAAAUGCCCACCCAUAACCAUGCUUUCCCGGAAUUUGGUUGGAAGGUGUCCCGCACUGACCUUAACAGCGGAAUUCAGGCUCUUAUUCGAGAUGACACUGUCCGUUUUACCACCAACCAGGGAGCUGGACAACCACACAAUAAUUUGCCGCCGUAUUAUACCAUAGCAUAUAUCAUCAAAGGAUAGUUGAGUUUUUGCUUCUUCUUUCUGUCUGAUAGAUUUUGAUUGCAAGCACUGCGUAUUGUUUACUAAUCUUUAUUGACUCUCUUCUUAUGACUGAUCUCUUAUAUUACCUGUUUAAUUACAGAAUGUUUAGCCACUUUUUACCCUUUUUUAUUGUAAAAGUUUUGCCGCACUAACCCUUCUGUGUAGAUUACCUUUAAACAGAGCGGUGUGUGCUUAGAUAAAGCUGGUGAUGUAGCGCCAGCUACGAUAAUUUAUCAAAUAAGGCAAAUCCGC